CGAGCGCACGGUGAUUCCCUUUGACACCUUGGUCGUCAACACCGGAUCAGCUUACAAUUCCAACAUCAAGGUCGUGAACCCGACCCUUGAUUAUCGAUACCGCCAGAUGAAGGCAGAGGCUAACGUCAUCAAAAAUUCAGAGACGAUCCUUGUCAUUGGCGGCGGCCUGGUUGGAACCGAGAUGACCUCAAAUGUUGCCACUAAAUACCCUGAGAAGAAGGUUAUCAUCUGCCAGGCUGGGCCGUACAUCCUCCCCCGCGUCCCGGAGGCUCACGAUAAGGUCACCGCUUUCUGGGAGUCCCUCGGCAACGUCGAAGUACACCUGAAUGAACGGGUAAUUGAAUUCGACGAUAUGCUGCAGGAAUACAAGACGGAUAAGGGCAACACCUUCAACGCGGGGAAGGUGAUCAGGGCCACCGGUUACAAGCCCAACACGGAUUUCUUCAAGGAUGCAAACACGGACCCGGCGAUCGCCGCGGCACUUGACGACAAGGGUUUCGUCAAGUGCGACCCGAACUUGCGUCUGCAUGGGUUUUCCAACAUCUACGUCUCCGGAGAUAUCGUCGAAGACGCGUACUUUGGCAAAACGGGAGUAACAAGGAGUGGAGAAAGGUUCCCUGAGCGUCUCGCCGCCGUCGCGGGGUCUCAUUCGUACGUUGUCACCAACAACAUCAAGCGAACUAUCACGGGAGAACCCCUCGCUUCUAUUGAUGCCAGCCGUGAUCCAUUUGGACAGCCGGUUGAAAUCAGUCUCGGACUGGAGAAAGGUCUGGCCGUUGUCCAUGGCGACCUCGCACCCUUGUACGUCGGCAUGGGCUUCGACUUUGGAGUGGACAACGAGGAGUUUGUCAAGUAUGGAUGCGCGAUCUCGGCGAACGUACCAGGCCUUAAAGAUUACAUCUCUGACCUCUGUGCCAAAGCAACUUACAUCCCCGAAGCACACGAAGGACUCAGGCAGUUUGGGGCCAUGGACCCGAAGGUUCUUGACCCGCUCGCGCCACCAAUGCCACCCCCGCCCGGAGCAGACGGUGCAGGUGACGGUGAGGCCGACCAAGCCCCCGCAGACCCAGCUCCCGAGCCGACCGAAGAGGCCAAGGCUGAUGUACCCGAAGCUGCACCCGCGGAGGCAGAGGAGUGAUGCAAUCAUUUAAUCCGUUUUGUUGUUUCAUGUAAUAAAGCUAUUGUCUAACAUC